CUCUGAUUAGUGGCAGGGGAAGCUCUAUAAAUUCACCCACGCUUAAUUUUUUUCUUAAACCUUUAAAAUGUUGCUUCCUGCACUCUUCCUCCUCUUGCAAGUUUCAUUGGGAGAUUUUUUCAUUCUCCGAGCGCCAGACUGCAACAUCCAAAUCUCGAAUUUGGACCCUGAACCCAUUGUUGUGGACGGCACUUACACGUUUCUUUAUGCCGCUCCGGAUGCCUCAUCAGUACUUGUAAAGUCGGGAGAAACAAUCAUAAUUUCCUGUCCCGGAGGAGAAAUAACAGUCGGUUCGACUAGCUUUAAUUCAACCGUUUCAGCGACUUGUGUUUCAAACAGCGAUUUUUCGGUUGGUUCCGCCACCAUAAAUUUCAACCAAAUCGUCUGCUCCUGGAACCCGUUUCACACAGCGAGGUACACGGGAAAAUCAUGCGAAAAACAAGGCAAAGAAAUCGAAGUUGGGUUCGUCAUUAAUGAAAAUUUCGCCCGCGAAAUUACAAUCUGUUUCGACAAUGCUAACUUGAACACUUUGUACUCCUCGUAUGAAAUCACCAAGUCUAUAGGCCACCACGAAAGUGGCGUAAGUCGCCCGUUUUUCAUCGAAGAUGACUUCUACAACCUCGACGUAAAAGUCAACAGUUUGUAUGUGCGAGGGGGGCAAAGAACCACAAUCAACAGUCUGUUGGGGCUCCCAGCUGACUCAACCAAAUACAUUCAAGACGGCAACGACUUCUACCUUGCAAGGGGGCACUUUGCCGCCAAAGCCGACUUCGUGUACGCCCCCCAACAGACCGCAACCUUUCACUACGUAAAUGUCGCCCCCCAGUGGCAGAGUUUCAACGGUUACAACUGGAACCAAGUCGAGAGUGAUGUCCGGGAUUACGCCGAAAAAAACGGAAUUGAUUUAAAAAUGUACACCGGGACUUACGGUGUCACAACUCUGCCGCAUGAGGAAACGGGGGAGGAAACGCCGCUUUAUUUGUACAUUGGGAGUAACGGGAUUCAAGGGAUUGCAGUCCCGGAACUCUACUGGAAAGUGGCCUACAAUCCCGAAACGCAACUCGGCGUUGCGCUGCUUGGGAUUAAUAAUCCCUAUCAGAAAGAUAUAAACAAGAGUAUUAUUUGUGAGGACGUUUCGGCGAAAAUUAAUUGGCUGCAUUGGAACGCAUCUGAUACAAAAGCUGGGUAUUCGUACGCUUGUGAAGUUGACGCGUUCAGGAAACGAGUCACUUAUUUACCUGAUUUUGUAGUUAAGGGACUCCUGUUGUAACUGAUAAAACACGAUUGAAAAACAAUGAUAAGAAUUAAGUAUUAA